AUGCACCAUCGGGUCAACGACACCACUCCCCACUACCCUUCACCAUCUCCUUCACCUCCCUGCCGGCCACCCUUUCCGCUGUCUCCUUCCUCUCUCGUACUAAUCGAUAAAACUCUUUUGCUUAGACAAAACAAAUUUAAAGCGAAACCUAACCAAACCUCCAUUUCUGCCCCCUAUUUGUUCAUCGAUUUCAUCCCUCUUCUCAUUUUAAUUUCUCCUUUAUCCCUUCCCAAAGUUCUGUCAAGGUUAAUUUCCGGCAAACGUUCAUUGAAGGUUUACCGACUCUUCAUAAACCCUAACAUCUUCAUCGUGGAUACUGGCUUUCUUUGUGCUAUUCUGGACCUUUCUUCCAAUAUCUGCAGCCCUUAUCUUCUAUUGAAGAAAUUAUAUUUUCCACAAAUAUGCCCUCACGAAUUGCGCAAAUCCGACUCACGAGUUCACACCCUCAACGGUAGUGGCUAUGUCGUCACUAGUCUCGCUCUCAUCCUCCAAGACCUUAAAGCCACCCAUUACUUUGCCACAGACAUCAACCCACAUGCCCUAAAAGUAACCCACGACACCCUCCAAGCCCACGGGGUCCACGCCGAGUUGCUAACCACCAACAUUGCCACCGGGCUCGACCGGAGACUCGCGGGGAUGGUGGAUGUGAUGGUGGUGAACCCGCCAUACGUGCCGACGCCCGAGGCGGAAGUGGGCGGUGAUGGGAUUGCUGCCGCCUGGGCUGGCGGUGAAAAUGGACGGAGUGUUAUCGAUAAGAUUUUGCCGAUUGCUGAUAAGCUUUUGUCGGAGAAAGGGUGGUUGUAUAUGUUGUUUCUUGCUGCUAAUGAUCCGUUGCAGAUAUGUUUGGGAAUGAGGGAGAAAGGUUUUGCUUCAAAGAUUGUGGUUCAGAGAUCGACUGAAGAGGAAAGUUUACAUGUGAUUAAGUUUUGGAGGGAAUUUGAUGGAAAUGAAGGGGGGUCGUUGGUUCCAGAAACCCAAUUCCAAUCUUCUCAACCCGAGAAUCUCCAGUUUCGUGAUGCUCAAAACUUAGAAUCUGGUAGCUCUAGUGAUGAUCGGCUCCCGAAAGAAAAGAAGAAACCAACGAGGAGUUGUAACAUGUUGCUGAGAAAAAACGCAACUAUACACACUACAAAAAGCGAAAGAAAAUGGGUGGAACACAAAGAGUUGGCUUUGGCUAGGGCAUAUGUUGAUGUUUCUAAAGAUAAAGAACUCAGAAAUCAACAAAGGUUUUGGGAGAGGGUUCUAGAGCAUUUUAAUGUUCAAAUGAGAGGUUCUAAUCGGUCACGAAACCAAAUAAACUCAAAAUGGAAAGACCUCCAAAAUAAAUGUAACGCUUUCAAUUGCAUCUAUAAUCAUAGGAUGAACAGUGUGUCUAGCAGGAUUUUUGAGGCUGAUGUUUUACAAGCUUCACUAAGCAAGUAUCAGAGGACUAUUAAUAAGAAAGCUUUUCCUCGUCAACAAGCUUAG